CUGGGGCUUCAGCCCCACCUAGCCCUUAUGUUAAUCUGGCCCUGAGUUAUACUGUAUAAUGUCAGCCCGUUUCCUGUCUCCUCCUCCUCAGAGGAACAGCAGCUCAUGGGGGACCGAGGAGGGGGGUAGUCUCUUAAAAUUCUUCCACUCGUCCGUCCACCACUAUAGUUUCCUGUCCCGGAUUACAGCCGCCUGUUCUCAUUCCCUCUGCUCCGUGUGAAGAUGUGUUCUCUGAGCUUCGCCAGGUCUCUGGGUUUCGCCCUCAUUCCCCUCGCCACUUGCUGCAUUGUGGCAAAUGUCCUGCUCUUCUUUCCUGAUGGAAAUGUGAUAUAUGUUCAGGAGGAGCAUGUGACUACAUUUGUCUGGUACUUUAUGGGAAUCGGAGGAGGUGGUUUGGUGAUGCUGAUUCCGGCCUGCGUGUUUCUGGGAAUGGGGAAGUGUGUGGAUUCCUGUGGAACAGACAGCUGUGCGAUGUGUGGUUCAGUGAUAGCGGCUCUGGUGGGGCUAGUUGGCUCUGGAUACUGCUUCCUGAUCUCCGCUGUGGCGCUCUUGAAGGGGCCGUAUUGCUACACUACGAUGGGAUGGAGGUCUCCUUUUGAGACCGACGGGGGGAAGUAUCUCUUUGCUCAAGAGAGAUGGUCUGACUGCGUUUACCCAAAACACAUUGUGGAGUGGAAUGUGACGUUGCUGUCCAUCCUGUUGGGUCUCAGCACCCUUGAGUUCCUUAUCUGUUUCCUGCAGUUCAUCAGUGGUCUGGUUAAUGCAGUGUGCCGGCCAUGCUGCUACAAACAAGAGUACAGUCUAAACGCUUGAGGACGGCGCACUUCCCAGCCUCCAUCAAUCGGAAACAGGACUGCUCAUCUGCAGCAGAAACACUGGGCCAUCAGAGAGCCAACAGAACUGUCAAUCACACACUCACACACAUUAACAACUGUAAGUCGCCUUGGAUAAAAAAAAUAAAAAUAAAAAAUGUAAACAUUAAGUCACUGCAUUUCUAAUGAAUGUAUUGAAACAUUUCAACAUCACUCCAGCCGAAUUUGUAUUAGCAGUGCAUGUUUUCUGUAUAGAACAAACAUUUGUAUUGUAUACUACCUGCAAUAUGCAUUUUGCUAAAAUAUAAAAGUAUUUUUGUAUGAGUUCUGGUCGUUUUGUACAGAAAGUUGUUUUGUAAAUUAUUUAAAUAUUGAGAGUAUUAGAAGAACAGUUGGUGAAUGUUGUUUUAUAUACCUAUAAAAGCUGUAAUAUGUCUCGAAUAUUCCCUUCAGUAAAUAAAUAGGUUUUGUUUUAGA